UCUUUCUCUCCGCCGGUUGCGAUCACCCCAUUUUGUUGCUGCGUGAAGAGCUCGUGAACAAGUAUUGCCCGUAAUCAUCUGUUGACUGUUUCUGUUUAUAUUUGUGUGUGAACCAUGGAAGUGAAUUGAGUGUAUAUAUAAGGUCUCGCUCUCUCGCUGGGGGUAUAAAUUUCGUGUAGAUAGUGUUGGUAUGAUAACGAGUUUAUUAUAAUGGAAAAAGCUUUUGUUAUACUUGGCGAGGCUUCUGAAUCAGAUGGUGAAGAUGAUGAAAAAACUGUAUUAUCAGUGGUAAGAAGUACGGGAAAGUCAUCUUCACAAUCUUUAAGUAAAGGAGUAAUUGUAGCAGGAGAAGCAUCUGAGUCCGAGAGUGAAUCUGAAGAAACUUGCCGUGAGGCUUUCUUUGCCAAAAGUGGAGCAGUAACAAAUGAUCCAGAAGAAGAUCAUCUGCAAUCAACACAGUAUGAUUCAUUACUUCAUAAAAAAUUAAGAGAGUGCAACAGAUCUCUUCACAAUAAUGUAUGCACUGAGUCACGUCAGAAUCUGGUGAAUGCGAUCAAAGUUCUCAAUUCUACCAACCAACAACUGUUGGUCACACAAAUCCAAAUACAGGAUGCUGCCACAUCGCUCAGCAGAGCAUUUAAUCAAUUAACCAAACUAAGUGAAAAUUUAAACACUCUUUUAGCUACACCUUACAUUCCAGAAAUAAAUAUUUCAUAAUUGUCAAUAAGGAUUACCACUUUGAGUGCUGGCCUGGUUAUUUUGCCUCUUUAUAGAUUGCUGAGCAUGUUUAUAAUAAAAAAAAGCAUAAGUUAAAAAUGCUUAUGUAAAAUAUACUUAUAUUCCUGUAUGACUUUUGUUUUACUCUUUCAAUUUAAAAAUAAUAUAAUCAUUAUGAAAAGAGAAUACAAAUGCGUAGCAAGUUUUAAAGUAAAGAUUAGUUUACACAUGUUAUUAAAGGAAACAUAAACUGAACGUAUUUACUGUGAUUUUAUGAAGAAAUAUGAAGAAUACAAUAUAUCAUUCAAUUGAAAACAUCAAUCAUACAAAGCUAUGGGAUCCUCAUUCUUCACAGGUUUGGUGUUCAGUAAAACAAGGGGAUCCACACUCAGUGUUAAUUUUCUGUAUUGUUAUUAUAUGAUAAAAAUGUGAUUGUAACUAGUGCAAUAAUGUGUUAAAAUACAAUUUAUAAAAUGUAA